GGUAUUAUGAGACGAACUCAAGCUACAGACAUACUUGUUCACUCUCUCAUAAGCCCCCGCCUUCUUCCUCCCAAACGCCAUCCGUUCCAAGACAUCACCGUCAAUUGCACUCAUCUUCAACAUGACCACCACGCUUCCUCGUUUCUCUCCCUGGCACAUCCCGCCUCUUUUCAUUGCCACCACCUUCACCUUUGGCGGAAUGCUCCCGUUCUGGAAACCCGCACGUGCUAUCCAGGAGUUUGGCUUGCCAGACCACAUCGCCAAGUGCCGCGAGGCCCAUACGUGCUUCGCCGCCUACGGCUCUCGGAUGUCCAUGUUUGGCAUCGCCAUCUACACAUUCUAUUUCCGAGGUGAUCACGGGUCCCUAGAUACCAUCUUGAGCCUGCUCGUCGUGGCUGGCGCCGCAGACGGAUACCUUUGCUGGAAGGAGGGCGUACCUGGCAAAGGCCUGUUUCGGUUUGUGUCGAGUGUUAUUCUUGGUGGUUAUGGCUAUUUGGGAUUGACUUGGACGAGGGGAUGAGUGGAGAAUUGAUUGAGAUUUCUCGAAAUAUGGUCAAUCGCCACCGGCAGAUGAAAGAUCUAUGCGACGCUCUAGAUUUGGAGAGUGCUCUGACGUUACGGGAAAUUUCGUCUGGUCGCGGAUUGGGUCUGGAUCCGGGUCAAUCUCCUACUUUGGGUGUUUCUUUUCUACAUUGC